AUGGUUGCGCCAGCUGUCCCUGAGUAUGUUGUUCCUGUUCCCCGUUUACGUGUUCCCCGGGUUGUGAUCCAUGAGGAGGAGGAUAUCUAUGUUGCCGUUGAUGCGCGAACAGAGUCCUUGCAGAGCUUGCGUGAACUAGGCCCUCCGGACCUGGUCUAUUUGGUCAAGCAGCCCAAGGCCAAUUCAACUCGUCAGACCGGCGUUUACCAUCAUGUCACUGGAAUCGACGCCUCCUCGUCCGCUAGUUUAGCUGCCUAUGUCAACACUCUCACAUUUUCUCCUCUCGACAAGACACAUAAAGUGGUAUCGGGCAUCUAUUGUUGCUACAAUGCAUUCUCCCACCUCGAUAUGCGCGUCGAGGUCAAAAUCCCCGGAAGCCUAGAGAGCUACUGCAUCGAUGAACGGGGCGACAAGCGAGUUGCUACUGAGGCUCUCUGGUUGGAAACAUUCCUCUGCGCCGUCCUGAGAGCAUACCUCUAUGCGGACGAUGGAAGUGGGGAUGCCAUCAAGAAGAUCGUCGGGGUCCGUCGCUUCAACCCAGUGACAAACACUGAGAUGGAGCACAAGUUCUUGGAUGCUGCUGAGAAGCUUUUCUUCCUGGGACGCCAAUUAAGCUCCGACCCCGAAACCCAAGUGCCCAACACUGUGACCAACCACCUCACAUCCGGCAUCCUCAAAUAUAUACACACUACUGGCCGCUAUACAUCUGGUAUCAACUUGUUUGAGAAGCUUCGUACAAAGGAUGUGGAGGUUUCGUCCCUUCUGGCUCGUGUACAGAUCAUGGCAGACGAAGAGGUGCAAGCUGUACGUCUUAUGUACGACGCUUUGCAAGACGUUCCGAUGGACUAUGCCCUGCUUGACUGCCAAGCGAGCUUUUGCCAGAGCAAGGGCGAAAGCGAGAUGGCACUUGAAUGCGCCAAGCGGGCAGUCACUGCCGCUCCCAGCGAAUUCAGCACAUGGGCUCGCCUAGCAGAGGUAUAUGUUGGUAUGGAACGCUGGGAUUUGGCGCUUCUGACUCUCAACUCUUGCCCUAUGUUCACCUAUCAAGAUAAAGAUACCCCUCGCAUGCCACAGCCAUCUCGUAUCAUGCUUCCCAUUCUUGCUGAAAGCAUCCUCGAUGAAAUCGACGAGGGCCAGCCAAAACAGGGAGACCCUCACGACUAUGUUCACCCUUCGCUUCGAAAGAUUCACGCUGCUAGUUAUCAAGGUACCUUUUUGAAGGCCUACAACCUUCUGACGAAGAUUGCUGCUGCCAUUGGAUGGGACCAGCUCCUCAAGGCUCGUAGCGAAGUUUUUGUUAUGGAAGAAGAAUAUCGCGUUGAGCGGCAGCAUGUUCCUAAACCCGCGCACCCGUCGGGGACAGAGACUAACGGGAACAGCUCCGACACAGGAGACGACUCCGGUUCCGUCGCUGGUCCUGACUCGACCGAGUCGUCUUCAGAAGAGGCUACCAAUGGAGAUCUGCGAGACAACCAUUCUCAGAGCCCUCUCGAACGACCGGAGCAAACCGUUGCCUCCGAGGUUGUCAAGUCUGGCAACGAAGAUCCUGACCCAUCUCACACCUCAUACACGCAAUUCAGAAAUAAGCGACUUUGCGAAAGGUGGCUGGAUAACUUGUUCAUGGUCCUCUACGAGGAUCUCCGCAUCUACACCAUCUGGCGGACAGAAAUGGCCCAGUUCCGCCAACAAGCAAUUGAGUACAAGAAGUCAGCUACCGAGUGGGAAAUCCUCGGCGAGCUUGCGGAACGUCUGCACCAUUUCGACGAGAGCAUUGAAGCGUAUCAAAACUGCCUGGCCGUUCGCUUCUCACCCAAGGCCAUGCGUGGAGUCUUGAGGUUAUAUGAACAACGAAACGACACCAGGGGUAUGCUCGGCGCAUUGAUCCGCUUGAUCGCCUGGCAAUAUCGCUGGUACUCUGAGUUCUCUCCCGAGCUCUUGUUCUUAGUCCGCAAACUCAUCGAGGAUGAAGGCGCUGUCAAAGUCCGCAGCAUCGUCCAGGCGACAAAUCUGCCCCAGCCGGUCCUCGACCUCACGCACCAAUACUGCCAACUGUGUGCUACUUUCCGCAGCAGUGGGAGCGACACCUGA